GCCUCGAAACUGGGGACCGUCCCAAUCUAGGGGGUCCCGGGCAAACGAGAGAGAGAGAGAGGGAGUCUGGCGGCAAGGAUGAAGCUGACACCAAUCGUUUGUGCCGUUCUGUUCGGGCUGAUGCUGGCACCAACCGAUGGGCGGCUCAAGUACCCCAGUGGCCACGGCGGUCACACCGAGCUUGGCGAAGCGGACCAGGGUCAGAGCAAUGUAACACGCGAAGAAGAGGAGGAGGAUGAGGAGGAGAUGGAGGACCAACGGAGUGGCACACCAGUGGAGACCAACUGCCACCACUCGUCACCCGCCCAUUACGGUUGGACACUGCACCGGUUGAGCCAGCAGCUGGCAGCGGCUGCGGUGGCUGCAACUGCCGCCGCCGACCACUUGAAGGACAGUAGUGAUACUGGCGGGGAGGAGGGAGGUCAUCGAGGUCCGAUCAAGCGCACCUCAGUCGACUAUGGCCGCGAGCUGUCCGCCGACCUGUACGCCCAGUAUCCCUCGUCCUGCGCCUGUCAGACGAAGUACGAGCUGCUCGAUCUGGGCUACACGCACUUCCCGCGCUACAUCGUGAACGCGAUCUGCCAGAACCGGAGCGCAAGCAGCCGCAAGUGUUGGCGCGGUUCCAGCUGCAAGGAGAUCCCGUACAAGGUGCGCGUCCUGACCCGACGCUCGGACGGUACCGGCGAACACGGUACCGACCCCGAUCACCACUCGACGUUGCUGCCCGAGCCGCUGCGUGCCUACUGGCGCUUCAAGACGGUCACGAUAGCGGCCGCCUGCCAGUGCUCCCUCUAG